AUGGCCUUUUUCAGUGCAGUUAUCCCUCGACUUUGCGUUUCGGCAUUUACCAUUAUGCAGCCCCUUUUGGUCAGUGAAAUUACCACAUACGCAGCACUUCCAGAAGAUCAAGAGACAAGAAACAAGGGGUAUGGGUUGAUAGCAGCUUCAGGGAUUGUAUAUAUUGGUCUUGCUGUAUCCACGGCGUUCUAUAGUCGACAGACGUAUCAGUUCAUUAUUAGUAUUCGUGGCGGUCUUCUUGCGGCAGUCUAUGCGCAGACUCUCACCCGACGAUCCGGCAAUAUGGGCACUGACACGGCUAUCACACUAAUUGGGACAGACGUGGAGCGUAUUUCAACUAGCUUACGUGACAUACACGAGAUAUGGGCAUCCCCUAUUGACAUUGGGCUGGCACUGUGGCUAUUAGAACGCCAGCUUGCGGUGUCAUGUAUCAUGCCCGUCAUCCUCUCCCUGGCCUCUAUGCCCAUUGCAUACUGCGCCCAGACCCCCUGGCUGGUGGAUACCAGUAUCCGGGGUAACAUCGUUGGCCCGCUCGACUUUCAACCGGACUGGUACCGUCACGUACUCUGGCUGUGCUGUUUGACCGAGGAGGUUCAAGCUCUGCCAGAACGAGACUUUACCAGAAUCGGAGGACAGGGGUUCAUGCUCAGUGGAGGGCAGAAACAACGCCUGGCCCUUGCUCGUGCCCUUUAUUCCGGCUGUAAGAUGAUAGUCCUUGACGAUAUCUUCAGCGGACUUGAUGGGGCCAAUAUAAAUAGUAUUUGUGAAAGGCUACUGGACAGGCAUACGGGUUACCUGCAUUCCAGAGGCAUUACUGUUAUCCUAUCGACACAUAAUGCCAAAGUAGCGGCCUUUGCCGAUGAGAUUCAUCUUUUGAAAGAGGGUACAGUCGUGACAUACAAGCCGUCUCCCCCUUCGACACCCUCUUCUGGUCAUCAAAUUUCGUUUCCUGACGACCACAACUACGAACAACUGGCCUCACCAGAACAGCAGCCUUCUCAAUCUUUCGACGCUGACAUCUCCUCCAAUGAUGACAUACUGGAUACAAAACAGGGGAUCUCGCAGCCGGUCAAAGAUCGCUCUGUUUAUCUAUAUUACCUAAAGUCCGCAGGGUUGAGGCUUUCAGUUCUUUACAUAGUACUUGUUCUUGUCUUUGCGUUCUGCCAAAAUUUUCCAACACUUUGGCUCAAGUGGUGGUCAGAGGCCAGUACUGAAAGCCCAAACAGGCCACAUUGGAUGUACUUGGGCGUUUUUAUUGCCCUUGGGCUAGGUGCUGUAAUUAUUGGCGCUGCCAGCUCAUGUGCACCGCUCUUCUGGCUUAGCGAGGCUAAUUCAGGCGACAUUCUGAAUCGUUUCAACCAGGACUUGGAACUUACCGACAUGACCUUACCGCUUGCCGCCAUUAACACAACAAAAGCGCUCGGGGCUUGUUUGCUGAAGAUGAUCAUACUGUUCGUCGUAGCGAAGUACAUGUCCCUCACAGUUCCACCUCUUCUGUUAGUAUGCUACUUCCUUCAACGGUACUACCUCCGGACAUCUCGACAAAUACGCCUUCUCAGCAUCGAGACCAAAGCUCCAUUGUAUCAACAUCUUUCUGAGACAUUGAGCGGUGUAUCUACCAUCCGUGCAUUUCGCCGACAACGAUGGUUUGAGAGUAACAACCUCUUGCUUGUGGAUGACUCACAGAAAUGUGUCUAUACCUUGUUCAUGAUCCAACAGUGGUUGACCCUCGCUAUGGAUCUGUUGGCGAGUGGACUGGUGGUUCUUCUCAUGAUCCUCAUCGUCUUUACCAGGGAUUCGUUCAAUUCAGGCUCAUCUGGAACAGCAAUUGUGACCCUCAUGAGCUUUACCCAGUCUUUAGCACGCUUGCUAAAAUUUUGGUCGCUGACCGAAUCAUGCCUUGGGGCGGUCUCCCGGAUUAAAAGCUUCGGGGAGACCGUGCCGUCGGAAGAGCAGAGUAAACGUUUCGAUGCUAACUCAUUGUUGUCCCUAAAUGAAAAGGUAUCAUGGCCUAGUCAUGGUGAAAUCGAAUUCGAUAAGGUUGUCGCAGCUUACAGAUCUCAUCCCGUUCUGAAAUCAGUCUCAAUGCGCAUCGAGCCAGGGGAUAAGGUCGCCAUCUGCGGACGCUCGGGAAGUGGCAAGUCAUCCCUUGUGCUCUGUCUUGGUGGAUUGCUUCCCAUACAAAGCGGCGCCGUUCGAAUUGACGGGGUCGACAUCAUCAAUGUCUCUUCACAGGAUAUCCUCAAGCAUCUGAGCGUCGUGCCCCAAGAUCCGUGCUUUCUGCCCGGAACCAUCCGGCUGAAUAUCGAUCCUGAUGAGACACUGUCGGAAUCCGCCCUGGAAGGCGUCCUCGAAGCCACCCAUUUGUCUGCUAUUGUUCAGAAGAUGGGCGGACUGGACGCUGAUCUAAAGCCGGAAUUAUGGUCGGCCGGGCAAGGGCAGUUGCUGGCACUUGCGCGCAGUAUGGCGAGGAAGAGCGUGGUUCUAAUCCUUGAUGAAGCCAUGAGUCGAGUCGAUCUUUCUACCCAAUCGCUCAUGGAACGCAUUGUUGCUAGUCAUUUCAAUCAUUGCACCGUUCUUUCAAUCGUGCACCGAUACGAGAACAUAUCCGCCUUCGAUAAGGUUGCGUUCUUCGAAGAUGGGGAACUAAUGGAAUUUGACAGGCCUGAAUCAUUGCUAUCGGAAGAGACCAGAUUCCGGGCUCUCCAUGUGGCCAUCGCCAAUAAUAGGUAUAAAUCAAGACCUGAUCUCUCCCCACCCCGUCUCAAUAUCACCAUUCCUCCAAACAACGGGCUAGAACGAGGAUACAUUUUCAUCGCCCCGUUCAAUGCCGUUUCCGAGCCGGCACAUCGAGCACCACAGCAGCCUGGUGCGUAUAUAUUCAGUGACGAUGGUGAGCUCGUCUGGUCCGGGUACACCUACUUCUCGACCUGGACAGGGAACUUUCAAGCCGCGCGGUGGAAUGGUCAGGAUGUUCUAGCCGCAUUCGAAGGUGCGCACAAUGGACUCUAUGGCCAUGGUCAUGGUCACCAUGUGCUCCUGAAUCAACGGUAUGAGACGAUCAAAGAACUCCGCGCGGGUAACCAUCUGCUCUCCGAUAAACAUGAGUUCGAGAUCUUGAACGAAUCGACGGCUUUGAUCCAGGUCCAUCACCCGGAGGUGCGAGAUCUGAGCAAUUACACAUCCGACCGGCGGCAACAUUGGAUUGUUAACGCAAUAUUUCAAGAAUUGAAUAUCAAUGACGGCAAAGUGUUGUUCGAAUGGAGAAGUCUGGAUCAUAUUGGCCCGGAGGAAUCUGCUCUCCCGCUUCCCAACGAUCAAGCGGGGAUUGGCCACAAUAGCUCUACUGCCUGGGACUAUUUUCACAUCAAUUCGGUGACCAAGGGCACCGACGGUCACUACCUUGUGUCCGCGCGUCAUGCCAGCACCAUUUACAAGAUUAACAGCACAGAUGGCAGCAUCAUCUGGCGACUAGGAGGGUCGCGAUCCGAUUUCGCCCUGGGCCCUAACGUAGAGUUUGGCUUCCAGCAUCAUGCCCGAUACCUUGAUCAGGUCGACAAUAGCGACGUGACAAGGAUAACGCUAUUUGACAACGCCGUAUAUGGCUCUGAAAGUGGCGGUGGCGGUGACAAGGAGGUCCGGAUUUAUCCCUACUCCCGCGGCAAAAUCCUCAGACUGGAUCAUCCGACUCGCUAUGCUUCCCUCGAGUCCUCGUUUAUUCCUCCUGAUCUACUGCUGGUGAGAUCACAAGGCUCAUUGCAAACCCUUCCCAAUGGGAAUGUUUUCAUAAAUUGGGGCUCAGAGGGAGCGAUAACCGAAUUUUCUUCCGAUGGAGAACCACUCUACCACGCAUAUCUGGACUCCCGACCGCUCAGUCGCGGCGACGUGCAGAACUACCGGGCCUUUCGGGCAAACUGGACAGGCCUUUCCAGUGAAGAGCCCGCUGUGGUAGCCUUUCAGCGACAUGAGACCCAUUGGGGCAGCGGUGGAACCGAUAUAUACUUAUCAUGGAAUGGGGAUACCGAGACGGUCAAUUGGCGGCUCCAAUUGCAAGUGGAUACCAGUGACAGCUUACCGGAUGGAUGGAACGAGGAUGUUCGGAACGGAGAACUCGAGACAAAUGUGGCACGGCGGGGAUUUGAGACAGUCCAUCAUGUACCCUUUGCACUGCGUAGUAUUCGCGCAGAAGCUAUUGCUGCAGAUGGAAUAGUUCUUGCCUCGUCUAGGCGAGUGCAAGUACAGGCAUGGGAGGUCUAUCAAUACCUGCUCGAGGAGGACAACGUUGAAGCUGCUGAUCUGAAAGUAUCAUCACCUGGGUCGCGCCUGCGCCCGUUGCUGUUCCAGAAAGCCGAUCAGUUGUGA